AUGGGCGAUGAAUGGGCGUCUCUUUAUUGCUUUAUUCGAUUGCCUGGUAACCGCGUUAUAAGGCGAUCACUGGUGAUAGCAGGGCCUAGUAAGUGCCCCCCCCAGAAGAAAGUCUUCAUAAUUUGGCACAAGUCCUGGUUUCUCGCUUCCAGGUUCAAAUACAAAGCCUCGGACCAAAAUGAGACUACCUAUGUCUACGCGAUGCGGUCGGUCGACCUCGAGGAAAACAUAACAUAG